AUGCAUUCAUCUGAGCAGCCUAAACAGGAAUGUUACUCAAGGAAACUCAAGAAAGAAGAUUCCCACACCAUCCAGUUCAACAUCCUCAACCGUACAGACAGCUGUGCUCGGGCAGGUGACUGGAGCUCUAUGACCCACAGUAGUUACUGUGAGCAGCAACGAUUUGUGUGCUUGAGAAACCCAGAGAGAGGGGGGCACAGAACCUGCCAGGCAGCCACUGAAGUGUUACUAAAAACCAUUUAUUUCAUAAGAAGCCUGCCAUCCUUUCACCACCUGCCAGGUUUUGACCAGUUUUUACUUCUUAGGAGUCAUUGGGUCCUGCUCUUAAUCCUGGGUCUUGCACAAGAGCAUGUAACGCUCGAGGUGGCUAAUUUCCCCACAAGGAGCUUCCUUCACAAGAUCUUGCUGCAGGACCAAAAUGAUGACAACGCACUGUCUAUUAAACCUGUGCAGAAUCUCAGGUCAUGCUUGGUCAAACUCUGGAGGCUUGAUCUCACUCCUAAAGAAUACGUGUAUCUCAAGGGUACAAUAUUAUUUAACCCAGAUGUUCCUGGGCUGAUAAACCGCAAGCUCAUUGAGGGGCUUCAGAGGGAAACUCAGCAACUUCUCCAUCAAUUCAUUCACACACUUCAUCCACAUGACCACAGUCACUAA